UAAUGGAAGAGGAGCCAACAACCAAAGGCACGGCGGAGCUCGAGCAGAGGACACAAAAAUAAGAAGUGAACAACCGCCGUGAAGUUCAAUCGUCGUCAAUUCAACCAUCACCACCGUUGUCUGCGGGCGUAAACCUAAAUAUCCGAUCCGGUGAAUCAAAUGGAUGAGUUUGGUAUGUUGGCAAAAGACUUCGGAUUUCGGCCUCAAGGAAAAUCUGCACCGAUGAAAUCGGAGGGUAGUCGACCGCCGUUCUCAUCAUCAACUAUUGCUGAAGAGGAUCACAUGUUCAGCGACGUGUUUGGUGGUACGCCUAAAAACACUAACAACUCUAAGUCGACAUCGGCUAUGGCAGAUUUUGAUUACGACGCGAUCUUCAAAAAUUCAACAUCCUCGAAUAAUGACGAAGCUAAAAGCAAAGCUACGUCUUUGAAUUUGCCGGUUUACGAUAAACCGGUUUAUGAUGACGACAUUUUCGACGGAUUGCCAGGGCUGAAGAGUAAAUCGAUGUCUUCUUCUGCUUCGCCGAGAUACGAAGAUAAUAUUUUCGCAUCGAUGACUACAUCGCCGCCUAAACGAAGUCAACAGAGUGAUCAUUUCGAUGAUCUUAUGGGGAGUCUGGGUCGAACAGAGAAAGUUGAAUCAACCAGGCAUCAUCGUACCAAAAGUCCAAGAGGUUUUGAUGAUCUGAUCCCUGGAUUUGGAAGUGGCAAUCCUGCUACCAGUAAUAGAUUAAAUUCAGAGCCUACCCCAAAAUCAACUGCCAAUACAAAGGAAGCUUCUAAUGCAGUGGAUGAUCUGUUUGUGGGUCUAGAGUCUACAUCAACCACUGCUAAUUCAUACCAGAGUUUCUCCACUGAUCCACCGGAAGAGAUUGGCAGUGUUAGUAAAUCUAGGAUUCGAAAAAACAGAGUAUCAUCGAAAAAUGGGAGUAUGUUUGAUGACAUAGAUCCCCUUAAUGGUUUUGGUAAAUCUGCACCUAUAUUUACAAAUGAGAUGAAUAACAGGGGAAAGGAUAAGAGCCCUUCCAAAGAAGGAUCGGCUACAGACAGCGCACAAAGUUCUAUUAGUAAAGAUUCAACACAGAAAGCUUCUUUUAGAUAUUCUGAGAGUCGAUCGCAGGAGAUGCCUAUUGAUGAUUUUCAAGAAUCUCAUCAAACCGUUUUUGACAUUCCAGCAAUUCCUACAAAUCAUCAUAGAUCUUUUGAUCAGUCAACUUCUCCACCAUAUAUGGAGACAAGUUCUCAGAUGGGUAUGUCUCCCACAUCGGAACCUGUCCAGCAAGCUGAUGAUGUAUGGCUCUCUGUGUCAGAGAUACCGCUGUUCACACAACCGACUAGAGCUCCACCACCUUCAAGACCCCCUCCUCCAAUACCAAGGCAUAUUUUAAAGCCUGAAAGAGGCUCAUUAGGUUCAAAUUCCAGAAAUUUUGUUAAUGAUUCAUCUUCUUCACCAAAUUUUGCUAAGAAUUCUCGAAGUCCUAGGCCAUUCCAACCUGUGGCCAGGAGUUCCCUAUCUUCGCCGUUAGAUGACCUUGAGAAUUUUGCCACUGGUAUGAUGCCAAAUAAUGGUGACGACCAUGCUGAUGCCCAAUCAGGUGAAGAAAUGGACUCGAUCUUAGCUGCUGCUGCAAUGAAGGAGGCUAUGGACAGAGCUGAAGCUAAAUUUAGGCAUGCAAAGGAGGUUAGAGAAAGAGAACAUGCAAAGGCUUUUAGAAAUAAAGAAUCUGUGCAGCCAGAUAAAGAUGAACAGGGUAUAGAAGAAGGGUUAAGACGAGACAGGCUAGAUCGUGAACGAAAACAAAGAGAGAAGGAAGAGGAAGAGAGAGAGCACAGGCAACUUGAAAAAGAUAGGAUGGGGGAGAUUGAAAGACAAAAGGCCAGGCAAGCUGUAGAAAGGGCAACGAGGGAAGCUCGUGAAAGAGCAGCCUUAGAAGCACGUGAGAGAGCAUCCGUUGAAGCCCGUUUAAAAUCUGAACGGGCUGCAGUUCAAAGAGCACAAGCUGAAGCCCGUGAAAGAGCAGCAGUUGGGGCAAAGGAAAGAGCAGAGAGGGCUACCAUGGAAGCUAGGGAGAAAGAGGCACAGGAGAAGGCUGCUGUUGCACGGGCCGAAGAAGAAGCAAGACGUAGAGCAGAACAAUCUGUUGCACGGGCUGAAGAAGAAUCAAGACGUAGAGCAGAACGUGCUGUUGCACAGGCUGAAGAAGAAUCAAGACGUAGAGCAGAGCGUUCUGCUGUAGAAAGGGUUGCUGCUGAGGCGAGAAAGAGAGCCGCUGCAGAAGCUCGUGAAAGGGCAGCUGCUUCUAGGAUGAACCAACAAAAGAAUGAUAACGACCUUGAAUCCUUUUUUGGCACUGCUUCCCGACCAAGCAGUGCACCAAAACCAAGGGAAACUUCUUCAGACUCUGCAGCUGAUCUACUAUCUCAAAACAGACGGGGAUCAGAAGGGGCCCACAGGGCUUCCACCGCUGGUGUAUCCUCCAACAUGAGGAAAGCAUCGUCCACCACCAAUAUUGUUGACGAUCUUAGCUCAAUUUUUGGAGCUGCUACAGCUGCACAAUUCCAAGAAGUUGUAGGGGAAACUGAGGAAAGACGAAGAGCAAGACUGGAAAGAGAGCAACGUACUCAAGAGCGUGCGGCUAAAGCGUUGGCUGAAAAAAACCAGCGUGAUCUCCAAUCUCAAAGGGAACAGGAAGAAAGACAUAGGAUUGCUGGAACUUUAGAUACUGAAAUCAAGCGUUGGGCAGCAGGGAAAGAAGGAAACUUGCGUGUGCUCCUAUCCACACUACAAUAUGUUCUUUGGCCUGAAUGUGGGUGGCAGCCUGUUUCAUUGACCGAUCUGAUCACUGGUGCCAAUGUGAAAAAAGCAUAUAGAAAGGCAACUUUGUGUAUCCAUCCCGAUAAAGUGCAACAGAAAGGAGCUAAUCUUCAACAGAAAUAUGUUGCCGAGAAGGUCUUCGAUAUACUUAAGGAGGCUUGGAACAAGUUCAAUUCAGAGGAACUCUUUUAAGUCCACCCAUCAGUUACUUUUCGUGGAAAAACAACUAUACGUUCAACCAACACUCAUGACUCGUGGAUUCUACGCUCUUAUAUUGGUGUAUACUAUUUUGAUUCUAUGGACGACGGAUUGGGAGGUUGGAAUAUAUUUGUUGCCAUUACCAUCACCAUAUGCAUAUAGUAAGUAAGAUUGUAGUCAUAACAAAAGUCGCAAAUUUCUCUUUGCUUCCCCUGAUUUGUUACCGAUACGAAGAAAGAAAAACUGUAAUGGUUUUAACCCCGGUGUAUUAGUUUCGGGAUGAUUAUUAUUUCGGAUGAAUUGAAUCUUUGGGUGCAUCCCAUUUUUCUUGACACUGAAGUUAUUUUCGUUGAAUGUGUCGUGACAAAAAGAUGCAACUAUGGUCUUCGCUACUUGACGGGCUGGUGUAGAGAUUAUUCAUGGUUAAACUCUUCACAACUUAUUAAUGGAUAUAACCCUUUUGGUAUGAA